UAGUGUUACAUAAUGAUGGUUUCCAGAGAAAUGAAACUAGUUGUGAACGGUAAUUAAACGUGUUAUUUGACAAGGAGGUGCGUCCUGGUUGUUCUGCUAUAAAAUCUCUCACCCUGUCAACACAUACAGCUGACGAAACACUCGUGCAGUUUUGGCUGAUAUCACUGGAACAGAGAUGUUACAAGGAAAAGCUUGGAUCCCGGGAUGCACCCUGCUUGUGCUGGUCACAUUGUACAGUCAAGCUGCUGACUGCCACAAUCAACACAGAGGUCAAAAACAGCUGAAGGACCUGAGACUUAUUCUCGUUGGAAAAACUGGAACAGGAAAGAGUUCUUCUGGAAACACCAUCCUGGGUAAAAAUGCCUUUAGAGAGGAAAUAUCUCCUGAGUCUGUGACUACAGCCUGUCACAGAGAAGAAACAAAUGAUGGUGACAGGAACAUAGUUGUCAUAGACAGUCCAGGACUGUUUGACACGAACAAAACGCAAGAAGAAGUGAAAACACAAAUUAAGAAGUGUAUUGACCAGUCAGUUCCUGGACCCCAUGCUUUUCUGUUAGUGAUCAGUGUGAAGGCAAGAUUUACAGAAGAGGAAAAGGCAGCUGUGAAGUGGAUUCAGGAUAAUUUUGGCUCAGAUUCUUCUAUGUAUACCAUAGUGCUGUUCACACAUGCUGACAUGCUAGAGGAUAAAUCUGUGGAAGACUAUGUGGCAGAGAGCCCACAUCUACGAAGACUGAUAAACCAAUGUGGAGGGAGGUACCAUUCACUCAUCAAUGGCAAGAGACAAAGCAGAACCCAGGUGAGAGACCUUCUAGAGAAGAUAGAGAGCAUGGUGAAGGCCAAUGGAGGAAGUCACUACACCAAUAAGAUGUACGAGAAAGCCCAGAAGAGACUUGAGGAGGAGAGGAGAAGGAGGGAGGAGGAAGAAGAGCGAAGAAGGAAUGAAGAAGAAGAGAGGAUCAGAGAGGAAGAGAAAAGGAGAGCUUGGUGUAAAAUGGCAGCUAUUGGGUCUGGGGCAUUGUUUGGUGCAGGGAUACUUUACCCCUCAUAUAUUCUAACGACAUUAGGUGCUGCACUUGGAUUUACUGAAGGUUAUGAGUGCACUAAAGAGAUGUUCCUGUAGCUGUGACAGAAAGAAAAUAUGGAAGAGGCAGUAAAUAAUGGCUAAGCUUGAAACAAGUACUCU